AGGAUGUUCAUGAUCGUGGUGGCCACGUUUGCGAUAUUCUGGCUACCCUACCAAGUCUACUUUGUCUACAUCUACCACGACAGCUCACUGAAGAGCAAGCCCUACGUUCAGCACCUGUUUAUGGUUUUCUACUGGCUGGCAAUGUCGUAUGCCAUGGUCAACCCUCUCAUCUACUUCUGGAUGAACAAACGGUUCCGGGCCUACCUGUGUCGCCUGUUUCGCUGCUGCGUGCCCCAGAACACACUCGAGUGUUUUGUUCCAGAGCCACAACAGUACUACGGCAACGGACUCAGAAGCGGUCUGAGUCGACGUUCUCAUCCAGCCUCGGAGCGAGUCAAACUGGAGCCCACUUCUUCCACUGUUCUACCAUCAGGCGCCUCACCGAUACUGCUUCAUUCCUCCAACAUGACCACAGACGGCUGGCCUCCGCGUUCUGACACCUCCAGAGGAACACGACGACUGCUGACUCUCCCAACUCCUCGCGUGGGAGGAGGAAGACGUGCGACAGGCCAGUCCUUCCAUCAGCCGAUGGUCAAUGAGUCAGCCCCUAGCGCGCACUGGAGGAGGAGAGACUCGGAGGUUAGCGACGCUUUCAUGACUCCUGAGACGUCUCCUCCGUCAGCACGACCGCUGACUCAGGUCAGGCUGCUGAUGAGGCUGGCUCCUGCGCCAAGUCCUGCGCUGACCUUAGCGUUGGGAUCGCUGGGAACAACACCAGCGCCUACUUCUGAGAGUGGUGGUGGGGAGGGAGGAGAUGUGGUGGGAAAAGGCGAGGAAGACGAAGGCGAAGAUGGAGGAAAAGGUGAAGCCAUGCAUCUGCUUGCGUCGGACUCAUGUAAUAGUCUUGACGAACAGUUCUAUGAUGCCAGCUCGUGAGUGAGGCAGGGGAACCGGGAAAGCGAAAGAACUUAGCUACAUCGGAUUGCUAAUGAUAAAAGAAAAAUCGAUCGGUACAGGUUUGGAUGACCUUGGAGAAGCGCCCCGGUAGCUGAAAGGAGGCUUCACGACCUCAUCUCAGAGGCGGUGCCGUGUGUUCCCGAGUUACGGGAAGUCUUGUCGCUAGUUGUGCUGUGCUGCAGACUGCUGUGCUGUUCGUUGUGCUGUAAUGGUUGUUGUGCUACGCUUUACUGCGCUUGUUGAGUCGUUGUCAAAUAGGUACCUUUUGGAAUCGUUGCGUGUCCGUCUUUAUGGCUUACCGUUUCCAGAGCCAAUAAUUCACACCCUAUUUUCUGAUGUGUGUCUCACAGCCAUAUAUACCUGUGAUUGUGUGGUGCCCAUAACUGCGUCAUCAUUUCACAAAAUGU